GUUUUCUUUCUCAGAACUGGAUGGAUAUUACAAUAAAAACGAUGCUUUCCCUUUCUGUAAUACUGGUUUCUUGGCUGCUGCUUCUUCUUGAUCCAUCAAUUGCCCAAAGCUAUUCCCAACAAGAUGCAUCAGAUGAUGACUCAUCAUCAUCACUGCUGAAAGCCGCAGCUAAGGAUCUUGUGACUGAUAAACUGCCUGGCCAGCCUGCGGCAGUUGGCUUCAAACAUUACGCUGGGUAUGUGACAGUCAACGAGACUAACGGAAGAUCACUCUUCUACUGGUUUUUUGAAUCUUCCACAUCUCCUCAACAGAAACCUCUACUUCUCUGGCUUAAUGGAGGUCCGGGAUGUUCGUCCGUAGGAUAUGGAGCAUCUCAAGAGAUCGGCCCUUUCCUUAUUGACGGUAACGGAAGUCGCUUGGCAAUCAAUCCAUACUCAUGGAAUAUAGAAGCGAACAUAUUGUUCUUGGAAUCUCCAAUCGGUGUAGGCUUCUCAUAUACAAAUACGAGUACUGACUAUGUGAAGCUAGGAGACAAACUUGCUACAAGCGAUGCAUACACUUUUCUGAACAAUUGGUUCCAGAAGUUCCCAACUUAUAGAAAUCAAUCCUUCUAUAUAGGUGGGGAGAGUUAUGCAGGAAAAUAUAUACCUGAGUUGGCUGAUCUCAUUGUUGGAAAAAACAAAGACCCUUCUAAUACUCUUCACAUUCAGCUUAAAGGAAUAAUGAUGGGCAACCCAGAGACAAAUGAUGCAGAGGACUGGAGGGGUAUAGUGGAUUAUACUUGGAGCCAUGCUAUAAUCUCAGAUGAAACCUACAAAAUAGUGAAAGAUAAUUGUGAUUUUAAUAGCUCUGAUUUGUGGAGCAAUAAGACCUGUGGUGAUGCUUUAGAUGAGAUGUAUAAGCAGUACCAUGAGAUAGAUAUUUACAGCAUCUAUACACCCAAAUGCUUAAAGAGUGUCAAUUCAUCAUCCCAAGUCACUUUCACCGCUUCAUCAUCAUCGCCCAAGAAGGUUCCAAAACGACGAUAUGGAAGCGGAUUUGACCCGUGUCUAGAUGAUUACACCACCUCUUAUUACAAUAGAGGAGAUGUCCAAAAGACCCUCCAUGCAAGUGAUGGUCUACACGUUAAAAAGUGGAGUAUUUGCAAUGACUCGAUCUUCAACAAGUGGGACUGGGAGCAAUCACCACAAUCUGUUCUGCCCAUAUAUCGAAAUCUCAUGGCGGCAGGAAUUAAAAUAUGGGUCUACAGUGGAGAUGUUGAUGGAAGAGUCCCUGUAUUAUCUACUAGAUACAGCAUAGGUGCAUUGGAUCUUCCCGUUACCAAACCAUGGCGUCCCUGGUACUAUGGAAAUCAGGUAAGUGGAUGGGUUCAAGAGUAUGAAGGGCUGACAUUUGCGACAUUUAGAGGAGCUGGACAUGAUGUGCCUACUUUUAAACCGGCCGAGUCCCUCACCUUAUUCUCCUCUUUCAUUUCUGGGCGUCCCCUUCCGCUCCAGCGCUAUUAAUAAAAUGAGUGGAUCGAUAACCAAAAGCAGAGUACGUGGAAGAGAUGUUAUAAUAAGCAUAUUCGAUCGAGUAUAUAUAUGAGAGAAAAUAGAAAUAAGAGGGAUCGAUGUGCUUUGAGU